UUUGAUUCUUGUCACUGCAGGAUUAUGUGAGUUUAAGGAGAGAAGCAAUCAGAGCUGAAUAUCAGAAGAUGCCUGCAUUUCUCCAUGACGAAGAGCAACAUCACUUGGAGAGGCUGCAAAAGGAGGGCGAGGACAUUUUUCAGCAACUCAAUGAAAGCAAAGCCAGAAUGGAACAUUCGAGGGAGCUUUUAAGAGGAAUGUAUGAGGAUCUGAAGGAAAUGUGCCAUAAAGCAGAUGUGGAGCUACUCCAGGCUUUUGGAGACAUAUUACACAGGUAUGAGUCCCUGCUGCUGCAAGUGCCCGAGCCUGCGAAUCCAGAGCUCAGUGCAGGGCCCAUCACUGGACUGCUGGACAGGCUCAAUGGUUUCAGAGGUGAGUGUCAGCCCAUUGGCAGAAUUCCCACAGUGUAUCACUUCUUGUUAGAAUCACGGGGGUAA